AUGCCUCCCACAUCCCUAACUGGUGGAAGAAGCAGAAUUGGUGGCUACAGCAGCUGUAGCCUCUCAAACCUAGGUAGUCAAGGCUACCAGACUGUGGGCUAUGGAAGACUGAGACAUGGACAUCAUGUUACCUGUGGCAGUCAGAGCUACAGUAAGAUGCAUUAUGGUGUUCCAAGGAGCUGUGCUGGCCUCAGAAAUUAUGCCGGCAGCUAUCGCAGUGACCACAUCCAUGGAGUCAGCUUUAAUGAACAGCUCUUGAAACCACUCUGCGUAGGAGUUGAUCCAGAGAUCCAGAAAAUACGAGUGAAAGAGAGGGAAGAGAUGAAAUCUCUCAAUGACCAGUUUGCUCACUUCAUUGACCAGGUUCGAUGCCUGGAGCAGAAAAACAAGGAGCUGGUGACCAAAUGGAACCUCCUGCAAGAGCACAUGCCUCCUCUUAGGAGAGACCUGGAGCCUCUCUUUGAACACUCUGUCUACAGCCUUCGCAAGCAUCUGGAUUUCCUGCUGAGUGAAAAGGAGCAGAUGGAACCACAACUGUGCAAUGUAAAGAAAAGUGUGGAGGAGAUUAAAUGCAAGUACAUAGAGGAGAUCAACCGGCGCAUGGCUGCAGAAAAUGAUUUUGUUCUGCUUAAGAAGAAUGUAGAUGGUGCUUUCAUGAACAAGGUGGAACUGGAAACCAAGGUGGCAACAAUGAAAGGGGAGGUUGAAUUCCUGAGGUGUGUGUAUGAUGAGGAGAUUACUCUGCUGGAGGAGAAGAUUCAGCACCAGACUGCAAUUAUUGUGCAGAUGGAUAACAGCCGAGACUUGGAUAUGAACUGCAUCCUCCAGAACGUUGAAGCCUGGUAUCAGAGCAUUGCCCAGAAAAGUAAAGAAGAAGUGAACACUUUGUACCGAAGCAGGUACCAAGAACUCCACAAUCAAAGAUGCCAGAUAAGUGACAAUCUGAAGACGAACAAGCGUGAGAUUGCAGAGCUGAGCCGCAUGGUACAGAGAUUCCAGGGUGAAAUGGAAAAAACAAAGAAGCAGGUUGAUUAUUUGCAGUCAGCCAUCUGUGAUACUGAGCAACGUGGCGACUGCUCCCUUAAAGAUGCCCAAGAAAAACAAGAUGAACUACACAGUACCUUGCAGAAAUGCAAGGAUGAGCUGGCAUGCAUGCUGCGGAACUAUCAGGAGCUUCUCAAUGACAAGCUUGCUCUGGAUAUUGAAAUUGCUACAUACAAGUCCUUGUUGGAAGGAGAAGAAAAUAGGUAUUUCUCAUGUACAUUCCUAGGCUCUGUAGACAAGUUUGGUUAA